CAGUAUAGACACCAACCAGUAGGCGCACUCCCUGGUUUCUGUUACUCCAUUUAUGACUCGCGCAUCAUUUCCGUGCUCCUAACCUCAAAUUGUUGAGCAGCAUUUCGAAUUCGAGCAUUCGAAAUUUGAAAGUUAAACAGAAGUAAAGCUGAACAUUAGAGACAGUCUCUGGUAAAUUGUAGCAAUUAUAAUCGUGUGAAGUAAAUAUAUUUGUGCAAAAUGGUGAAUUAUUGCAGCGUGUAUAAUUGCAAAAACAGUAGUGUUAAGAAUCCUAAACUUAGUUUUUUUCUCAUACCAGGAGACACUUUCAGGCAAAUGAUUUGGCUUCCAAAAAUGGGAAGGCAAGAAUGGAUUCUGAAAAGACCAGAACUUCUCCACAAAAAAAGAAUAUGUAGUGAGCAUUUUUCUAAAGAAAUGCUAUCUGGAAGUAGAUUAAAAAAGGAUUCUUUUCCAGAUUUAUUCAAAGAAGGCAUUGGUGAGAAAGGGGUGAAUGUAAAUGCUUCAACUUCUGCUUCAACAUCUUCAAUGGAUAUUGAAAAUAAUGAGGCCGUAGAUGAAUGCCGUGAGAUUUCUAUAAACCCCAACAUAUAUACUACACCAGAAAAGAAACCAGAAGAAACACAAACAUCUCCUAGUUUGUCUUCAGCCACUCCGAGGAAAAAAAAGUUACAAUCAGUGGUGAAGAAUUUGAAACGAAAAUUAGUUGCAACUCCAGAGAAGAAAUCUGUAGAUAUAAGUGAUGAAGAUUUCAUCCGAUUUUGUAGAAAAAAUUUCAAUUCGACCCUGGCAGAUUUUAUGAUCUCCCAAUUGAAGCUUCGAAAAAGGAAACCUCAUGGCUAUAGGCAAUUUCAUUAAAGACAAGGAAUAUGGACGAUGCAGCAAAGGAUUGCAUUGUGUGUGUUGACGAGAUGUCAAUAAAAACCCAUUUAUUUUAUAACAUCUCAUUGGAUCAAAUUAUUGGAUUUCACCAAUCCAAUGGAAGCAGGUCCUAUGAACCCGCAAAUUGUGUUCUGGUUAUCAUGGCGAGGGGUAUCCAACAUAAUUGGAAGCAGCCUGUGGCUUACUUCUUCGUUCACAAUUCUUGUGAAGUGAAAUAUUUGCAUGAGAUAAUAACCACAAGCAUACGAAAAUUGAGUGACAUAGGAUUAAACAUUCUGGCAUUAAUAAGUGACCAAGGUUCGAAUUUUUCGAAAUUUUCUCAUGAGAUUGGAGUUACAAUCGAUCAGCCUUAUUUUUUCAUUGAUGGAAGAAAAAUUUUUCACAUUUUCGAUACCCCACAUUUACUGAAGAGAACAAGGAACAAUCUUUUCAAUUAUGAUUUCAAA